UACCUCGGAAAUGAACGAGCUAUUUGUGCUUGCUUGAUGAGGACAGCCAUUGAUUCGAUUCAGCGUGCAGCUUGUGUGUCUGGUGAUUACGGUAGACAUUCAAAGAAUGCCAGAAAAGAAAAGGGCAAGGUCUCUCCAACAUGGUUUGCAAAGGCAGCUGGAGAGCUGCCACAAUUGGGAUGCUUCCGAUGCCAAACAGAGUUUUGUUCGCGCCCUUUUGGAUUUCAAGGAAAUUGCCAGUGAGCUCCUCAUUGAAUCUGGACGAGAUGUAGAUUUUUCAGAAGCAGGUACUAUAGACUUGCUGAUAGACCUUGAGGAUAAAUCAGCCCGUUUGCGAAGAUCGGUUCAGGAAUAUUAUCAAAUGUAUCAUGAAAGUGCAAUCUUGCAGAAAGGUAUCGAUGUACCGGUACCCAAUGACGGCGAGACUACCAUACCAAUAAGUGAUCAGCAAUGGAUCCUGACAAGUCGAGCCCUCGCAGCCUCUUUACGAAAGAGAUCCUUUUUCGAGAAGCAAGCCAUAGAGAGAGUUUUUGAAAUCAUGGAAGAAGCGCUUCUUUCCAGUCAACCCACAACAAAGGAGCGACUGCACGAACUGGUCCAACAUUGUCAGAAUCUGGCAAACUCGAUCCAGCUGCCGGUACAUGGCAACACUGAUUGCCAAUUGCUGCAAGCAAGCAUCGACGAAAAAAUGCAUAGAUCUGAUCCAACAGGAGAGAAUGAACAGAGUUUUGAUUCUCCAACAGGACCAUCUUUUUGUCCUAUUGAUCUGACAAAGACUCAAACUGACGAUAUGCCGAUCCAGGACACCACGAGUACUGGUGCAGUGGAGUUUCCCUUCCCAACCUUAGUGGAUGAUGCUGUCUCUAGCUUCCACGGACUGCUGGUCACUGGUCCAAGAGGAAGUGGUAAGACUCACUUUUGCCAUGAAGUGGAGACCUUGGCAGCAGAAAAGGGAGCAAAAGUGCAUGUGUUCAAUCCCAGCAGUCGUACCAUUGGUGAAUUGGAGGAUCAUGUGAUAUCCUUCUUCAGAAAGGGUAGCGAGGAGGGAGGCAAUCAUUUGUUGGUGAUGGAUGAUUUCGAUGAAAUCAUUGGCCACAAUCUGCUACUGCCCACUUAUGAAGCAGGAGGACAUGACAAUGUUCAAAUUCGAGGAGCGCAUGCGGCGUCCCGGGUGCUUUCCUCCAUUCUCGCCAUGAUGGAUGUGAAUAGCCCUGCAAGUCAGUCUCCACCGACAACAUGGUUAGCGUGCACGGCAAAGACCAACGUGAACUUGAUCUUGGAUCGUUUUGACUCUCUUCACUCACUCAAGCCUCCCGAUGAGAAGGAACGAAAAAAGUUCCUGGCUCAUAUAAUGGGCCUGGAUGAACUAGUUGUUGACGAUGAUGGUGACACGCGACAACAAAACAAACUUGCACUGGAAACUCUAGUCAUGUCGAGCGCUGGUCUUUCGUACUCGGAAAUCGCUCAAAAGUACAGGACCGCAAUCAUGAACAUGGACGCCGACACGACGACGAUGACCAACAACAACAAGCUCCUUGCCAUGAAAGAUGCCCUUCAGUCAUUUGUUCCGGCGUCUCUCAUGAGCCAUGUUGUGGAUGGAUACGUGGAUAUGCGUGUGCUGGGGGGACGUGAACUGAUGGCUCUGUCACGGGAAACUCCAGAUAAGUGCCCGUUGCUGGGUCGCGACGGAGACUUGGCAUGGAAAGAAUUAGAGUGGAACAUUGUCAUACCCAUCAGUCGAGCGGCAGAGUUGAAUCGGCUGACGCACAACAACCAGCAGGAGGAGACACGGCGAAAGCGUCUUUGUGGUGGAGUUCUCUUGACAGGUGACCCAGGGACAGGAAAGACAACAUUGGCUCGACACUGUGGAAGGUUCGCGGCAGAGUAUCUCGCUUCCAUCAAGAUGAUAGAAGUCAGUUGCUCUUCCAUGAUCCACAAGGAAGUCGGAGCGUCAGAACGGGCUAUCCAUCGCAUGUUUGAAUUCGCGCAGAGCGCAAUGCCGUGUAUUGUUGUGCUGGACGACGUCGCGAUUGUGUCCGCAGUUCGUGGCAAAGACACUACGAAAGAGGGCACAAUGGACCGUGUGUUGAGCACUUUGUUGCACGAAAUGGAUGGAGUGGAACAAAAACAAAAUGAUAUUCAAACGUCAAACACCGCCGGAAUGGCAAUCAUUGGGAUCACAAAGGAUGCGACAAAGGUGGAUGCGGCGCUGCUACGACCCGGUCGAUUGGGGUCUACCGUUAAAAUGAAUCUGCCAGAUCAAGAUGCAAGACGUCAAAUAUCUGUUCGAGAAUUGACAUCGAUGUCUGCUGACGAUGGUUUCGAGUCACCUUCAGCAACACCGGCAGUCCAGGCGCUUGCCGACCUAUCGGAACUGAUAUCUGAAAAGACCAGUGGUCUUUCAGGUGCCAGUGUUGUGGCCCUACUCUCCGAUGCAAAGUUUGCAUGCGCACAAGCUUCAAGCAAGGCGCCCAUCGAAGCUUUCGACAUGGUUGAUUUUAUGCGUUCAUUCAUCACAAAUUAUUGAUGAAUACCGGUACAUAGUUUAGCUUGACAACAUUUAAUUUUAAAACGGUUACCUCAUU